CUUCCUCCUGGUGUUAGUCUCUAAUCGCAAGAUAUGACACAACGUACCUGGGCGAACACGGCCAGAACCACCAAAGGAUGAAGGAAGAUGCCUCGCUUCCUGACUCCCGCAAAGAUUGCGCUGCUGGCGCUGGCCGACCUGUACCUCGCCGGUGAGAUCCCCGCCAGCGCCAAACUCGCGGUGCUCACCUUUCUUGCCUCUCAAAUCAACCCAUCUUCCGACUUUCCCGAUGGAAUGAUCGAACAACGCUUGCAGUGCUCGAACGGCGACCUAGAAACACUCGCGAAGACUCUGUCAAAGUGGGGAUUGGACGUACCCGGCCGGACCAUCUACGAUCGCCUUCUCCGCCAGUUGUGGGCAUUGAACGAUCUCGAUGCACUCUUCGUCCUCUUUAGGCGUCUCUCCGACUUGCUCACCGUAUCCGCUCCAACAUCUGGCGUAGUCGUCCCUCCCCGAGUUUCUCGCGCCUCUCCGCUCGGCCAAUUCAUUCGGCGAAGUUGCUAUGAGUUUGAGCGUAUCCAAUUCGCCGAUGUGCAAAAGCUAUGGUCAGCAUUUGUAGCAUACCGAGCACCCUCGUACCGGACAUGGGCCGAAAGAAAUGCAGACGCUGCUCGCCUGGCCGCUCACCUCGAAACCCUUCAUCUAAACAUCCCCGAGCAGCCGUUAGCAGAACACACAAGCACUCACGACGUCAAUGACAUUCUCAACCUGUCUAUCCAACAUCUCCAGAAACUCGGCACGCGCGUCCCCUCGGCCGUUCAUGCUCGUCUGCGAGACUGGUACGAAGCACAGGAUGAUGCAAACGCACAGUCGCUGCGUCACUUCAUGGCGUUCUUUGAGCACUGGCGAGCGGCACAGAUGUCGAUGGCGUUGGAGAGUCUGCAUCAGUACUUUGAUCUGUCACUCGGUGCGAAUCGGGGUGGUGAUGAGUUGAGAGCGUACUUUCAGUAUGCCCAGUUGCAUCAGAGCGUCCUGUAUGCGGACUUUGAGUGCUGGGAGGAGAGUGUGGAGGCGAUGAGGGAGUGUAUUGGCACAGCCCGAGAGAAUCAAGACACAGCAUGUCUCAACUUCGCCCUAUCGUGGCUGCUCCAUCUUCGCCAAGUGCAUCCAGACGACAGCACCGUGUCCUUCGAGAGCCUGAUCAGGCUUCUCGGCGGGAGCACAGAGCAUGACGAGAUUGCGUUUCUGAAGGUGAAAGCCAGAGAGAUGAAGCACUGGACGUUGAUGAGUAGCACGUUGCUGGAGGAGGCGAAGUUGGAGAUGUACAGCGGUGGCAACAUCAAUCGAGCAUUCGAGCACAUCCUGCAAGCCAUGUACCUGAAUAUGCAACAUGAUCAACGCACCUUGAUGCCGGCAGCAAGCUUGUUUGAAAGCGCCAGUUAUGAGCGCCUCGGGCAAUCGCGCUUGGCUUACCGCAUCUGCGAGAGUGCGCCGCUCCUUCACGCCCCUUAUGCUCCUCUCAGUGACCAGGUCCGAGCAACUUGCCGUACAGCGCAUGUCCUUUCGCAGGCCGGGCACUUCAGUACUGCAGAGAGGGAGCUGGAGAAGUUAGAGCAUGAUGUGAAAGGAGUGACCAAAUUGCAGGAUCGCAUCACGAUCCGCAAAGCACUGGUGCGAGUCAAGCGCCAAAUUCACCGGGAGCGACUCCAAGAGGCUAGCAAACUACUGCGCGAACUCCGUCCGUGUCGGACAUCAGGCGGAUCGGAGGCGGAUUUCGACAUCAGCUUGAUGGAGAUCGAGCUUCUCAUGAAAUCGAAAAAUCACGAAAAGGCACUCGAGAUUGUGAGUGACUUGAUCAAGAAGCGGAAAGCAGCAAGAGUCACAGACAUUGCCGAACGACUGCAUCUGCUCAUCCUCAAGAGCAAGAUCUAUGCGGCAGCCGGCCAGCAUGCGAAAGGCUUCUCGAUUGUGCUACGAGCGGCAUCGACAAGUGAGCGCCACGCUCUGAUGUCCGUACUUGUAGACGCUUUGGCAGUAUUGAGCAGCAUUCUUACAGCCUUGGGCGAGUCUGAAGCUGCUCGACAGCUGGCAGAAGCGGCUCUGCCACACGCUCUGAGUGGCGCCAAUGCUCAGUUGCAAGCCGAGCUGUUUUCGACGCUGGCAGAUGCAAACGUCGGCUUGGCUGGCAAGCAAGUCCGCAAUUCACACGACCAGCUGCAAUUGCUAGGCCUUGCCAUCACUGCCGUGGAAAGAAGUCGAGCGAUAUAUGCCCAGCUGAGCGAUGUCUCGGGAAUGUCACUUUGUCUGACGAAGAAAGCAAGGCUGGAGAGAGCCAGCGGUGAUGGUGAAGCUGCGGCAGCGACUGAUGAGAUGCACACGCAAUUGUUGAUUGAUGCCGACAGUACUUAUGCAGAUGGAGCGGAUGCAGAAGGCGAUGUUGUUAUUUGAGGCAUCGAAGCCCGCAGCCUUGUGCUUGUGCAUGCCCGACCCCCGUUUAGGCGUGUGCAUACUUCAGCACGACAUGACCAAAUAUACCCGCUCCUCAACGACACCUUCCCAAGUCGAAGUUUUUGAAAAGUGAAUGGACA